CCCCUGCUCUCAAGGCUGAAUUUGUAGCCAGGAUGGCGUUGAUACACAGCGUAACAUUGACUUGCCUCCUUUCGCUUAUCUACUACAUUGCAGCUCAAAACGAUACCAGCAGCACCGCAGCCACGGGAGGGACAAAUGCCACAGAAUCGACUCCUGUGAUGUCCAGCUCAUCAUCUAGUUCCAUUACAGCAGCGAAACCGCAGACAACUGAACACAUAUUAACUUCAAACCCAAGUACAGUUGACAAGAGCACUACCUCAGCACCUAUUUCUGCCUCUGAGGUAACUGUCAUGGCAACCAUUGCUCCAGUUUCUGAUACAAGUCUUUCAGCAAGUACCCCAUAUAUUUCAGUGACUAGUGCAAAAUCAUCUUCAACUGAGGGAGAAACAAAAACAACUGAAGUGCAAACCUCUUCCUCAAAUGCAACACUUGAUACCACGCAUUCCCCAGUUAGCAUGACAGUUCCAACAGCAGGGGCUUCAACUCUUCAAACGGUAGCCACAACUGAGAUGCCAACAAAGACAACGGUAAAUACCACCCAAACUUCAACCCCAGAACACAUGACCAACGCUACCAUACCUCAUAAUGCAUCAACCAGCAUACCAGCCACAAGUGGGAAAAUUAAUGUUACUGUGUCAACAGGCUUUUCCACAACUAAAAAAUCUACUUGGGCUCCAGUGAAUAUUACGUCAGCCAACACAUCUGCAAACAGUGAAGCCAGCACAAAUGCUACAGUGCCAGCAACUGCUACCGUAUCAAUGAAUGCGACAAUGCCAAAGAAUACCACAAGUGUGACAAUGACUCAGAGUACAGAACUUUCCAAUUCUACUUGGUCCACAACACAGCCUCCAAAGACCAUGACUCCACAGCCUGCAGAUCAUUGCAAAAAUGCAGUCUGUCCUCCUAGCAGUACUUGUGUGAAUCUAUUUCAGUCGUAUAAGUGUCAAUGCUCCCCUGGACUCUUUGAGAAAGAAAAUAGCUGUGUGCCAGCGAGAAUCUUCCCAGGAAUCUUGCACUUAACAAAUAUCACUUUUAUGGAUGCCAUGAAAGAAACAAACACAAAGGCAUUUUCUGACACAGCAAAAGAAAUAGCGAAAGAGAUGGAGGGUCUUUUUAAAGAUGACAGUUCCUUCUACAAAUCUGUUGUUCGGAAGCUUGGAAAAGGAAGUGUUAAUGCCUUUUUAGACAAUAUUUUUGCACUUUCUUCCAAUGCAACAGAGAAAUCUGUCACCACACGCAUCCAAGAGGGUAUCAAAACUUGUACAUCCUGUAAACUAAUAUCGCCUUCAGACUCUUAUACUGGCCAAAGCAUAUGCAGCCUGAACCCUUGCGAUAACACCACCUCACAAUGUAAUGCAAACAAUGGGAUUGCUAUCUGCAAAUGUCUGCCGGGCUACUUCAAGUUUGUUGCUUCUGAUCGAAGCUGCAAAGCAUGUCUAAGUGGAUUUAAGCUUGAAAAUGGAACAUGUGUGAAGUGUCCAUUUGGUUAUGGAGGAUUUAACUGUGAUAAACCAUAUUUACUGGCACUUGUGGUGAUCUCCUGUGUGUUGGGUGGUAUCCUCCUCCUCUUGUUGUUGGCCCUAAUUGCAACCUGUCUCAGGUCCAAGAGUGGUUCGUGCAGUUCCUCAUCUGGUUCUCACGAUUAUGUCAUGUGGCCCAAAUCCGAGAUGCCAAAGAUUCCUCGUGCUACUAUGCACUGGGAUGGCAAUCAGCUUGAAAUGCAAGAGAAUGGAAGCACCAGCAGUUUAAACGAUAUCCAUCGGGAUGCUGGGAGAGCACCUGACAAAAAUGAUGACCUGAAGACCUUUAAAGGGAAGCAACAGUCCCGGUACACCUAUCUUUGCCAGGGUCAAGAGAAUCCAUACUAUGUCAGUGAUGAGAAAAAGCCUGAAUAUUUGUAAAUGGAACGGGAUUGAUUUUUAGAGGGUGAAGCAGAUAUUCUUUCAACUAUUGAUAAUGUUUGUGCUUCUGUGCAUGUUGCAUAGCAAGCUUAAGGGGUGGGGAAGGGGAAGAAAAAGGUGGAAUUUUGUAAAUUUUUUAAACCACGUUCUUGGGACAUGUAUCUGUAGUGAGGCAACUAUGAAACAAAAAUCUUCAAUUUAGUAUCUACAAAUCAAGAAUCGAAUUUUCCUGGCCAUUAAAAUGUCAGACGAGGGACUUACAACUUCCAGCAUUAACCUAUUGGAACUUCACCUUUGCCUCUCUCUCUCUAACACCAUAACAAAACACAUUAUUCUUCCAAAUAUAACCAUGCAAAGCCAAGGAGAGCACAUAGACUUAAUGGGGAGGGUGGGAAUGGCAGGGUAGCAUUGGAGGUAGUGGGGUAGGGUGUGGUAGUAGUAGUUGACUGGUUAGCGCCCAGAGGUUUUUCUUUGUAAUGAGGUGUUGAAAAUAAAUUGUAGGAUUUUUCUUCUGUUUUUACCAACUGUUUCAGUACAUUAUCUCCAAACCAUAAUACCACAUGUAAAGGUCCCUCCUUCACCAGCUAACUGUUACAUCGUGCUGAACACAAUAUUAUAGAUGGUUGCAGUAGGAGGACGUUGUUCAUUGAUGGUCAGGAGUCUACAGCUGAUUGUUGCAUCCAAGAGUUCUUUCUAAAUCUAGUAUAAAAUUAACAAGUUUCAAGUUUGCUUUUCACAUCUCAGCAUCCCUUUUAGUGGCUGCAAAAUUACAGCAUUUUAACUUUUAUUUGAAUGUAUUUAAACUGGUUGCUCAGUCACACCACUAAGUGUUCCCUCUUUAGAAUGGCAUAGUUGUAUAAUUUCCAUUGAGUUCUCAUGAAUAUUCAAUGACCAGCUCUUUUAUAUUGUGCUGCUGUUUUUGUUUGGGCUGGAAUACACAAAGGAAUGUGGUGGGACUUUCCUUUCAAAUUUUAAGAAAAAAAAAUCAUUUUAAACCUAGCAAAGUAAAGGAAAAUUAAAGCAAAUCUUCUAAUUUAUGAUUAAAAUGUUGGUUAGUGUGUUAUAGGAAUUGACUAUUUGUGACUUGAAAUACCAGAAGGAGGAGAGUCUGAAAUGGCAUGCCGACAACUACCAGCCAACUGAAGAGGACACAUUUCCACCUUAAAAUGUUUUUUAAAAACAUUGCACAUUUUACUGAUCGAAUAUGUGGAUGUAAAUUGUAAAUACACUGGGGAGAUAGCUAUACUCCAAGAUGUAUAUUUAGUCUUGUUUUUGGUUUUAAUCUUUUUUGAAUUCCUCGGUAUUUUUUGAUUUUUAGGUUCUUCAAUAUUUUUCUUCAAUGAAGACUUUCCAUGUUUGGCAAUCUAAGCAUAAAUAAUUUUGCCAAGCAAAAAGUGGUGGUAUUAAGCUUUGCAAAUAAAUUAGACAGUCCUUCUGAUUCUUUUUUCCUCAAAAAGACUUUUGUUAAGUUUGAUUUUUAAUAUGCUGAAAAAUUAUUGUAAACACUAGCUUGUGUUCUGAGAAAUGCGAAUCAUUAAUUAUUAUCCAGUAAUAAUUAAUUUGCCUCGUCCUAAAAGCUACUUUAUUUUUGCACUCUGGGUCUUGGACUGACAGGACUAACUCUACUGCUUGCCAUGAUUAAUAUUUGUAAUGUGUGGUUUCCCCAUAAACUGGCUGCACCAUAGAAACACUUGUAGAUUGACCAUGACAUUUUGGCUAGCGUGCAUGUAUGAACUAAAUGAUCUCAUGACCAAGAAUAGUGAUGUGCGCACACACACUGACUUCAUGCUGCAUAGUUACUGCUGGGGCAGCAACUUUAUGGGCCCACAGAGACUGACUGCAACCAAGCAGAUUUUUAAGAUUGACCUUACAGGCUGCCAGACUUUCUUUGGUUGAUUUAGUUUAAUAUAGCAACCGGCUGCAUAAGGCUUGAGUUACAGUAACUGGUAGCUCAAGACCAGAGUAAAAUAUUAUCUCUGAAUAGCUGUUUGGUGGAAUUUAGGGUUUUGGGCACUUUUCUAUUUCUUUUCUCUCUGACCUUUGUUAAAGGAUAUUAAACAAAUGAGAAGCACUAGUAGCACUUGACUGCUCAAUGGUAGGAGAUGUUGUGACAAAGUGUUAUUGAACAGUGAAGCUCAAUAACCUUUUCCAGUUUUCAUUCUAUAGGAAAUAACUCCAAAGAUUAGAAAAGUAAAGCACACAAACAAUGGUUUGUCCUUGGGAACUUUAGAUUCCAAAUCCAAAUGUUGGCAUCUCCUAUUGUUGAUGAAUGGAUGUAGACCAAGUUCCUGCAGAGCUUUCCUCAAAACAAUGGUUCUUUCCUUACAAUAUUCAAUUUAAGUGUCUUAAAUAAUUGAAUAAUGUAAACUUCAAAGCAUGUUUGUUGAAAUACUUAAGCUUGUGCAUGUAUAAAAUUUUUGUUUCUACGUCAAAAUGGAACAGCCUAUAAAUAAAGAUGUGACUAUUUUUCCCCUUAUAUAAAUGAUAUAUUUUUGCAAUACAAAGAAUGACUAUCAGAAAUGGAAAUGAAUUUACUGAACUGAAAUGUACUCCAGCUUUCACUGCACGAGCAGAUUGUAUCUAAUCUGUUUUGAGUUUUAGUUAGGAUUUAUGUUUUUCCUUUAUGUGGAAGUUAGGUUUUGUCUUGUCUCUCCUUUUCUACUUAGCCUCAUUCUGCUUUGCACUUUGCCUUCUGUUCUGCCGAUAAACAGACUUUGUAUAUUAUUGUUUGCCAAGGAUAAGAACUAACUGCUUCAUGAGGUGGGAGUAUUCAGUGGGAAAUUGGAAGUAGCCAACAACUGAGGCAUAGAGCAAUUACUAAGGCUACAUUAGAGCACAAAAUUUUUUUUAUGGAUGUAGUUAUUAUGGUUCAUGGGGUCUGAAUGCUGUAUAGAUUUCUUUUGACUCCCAUUGAAAGACUUGCAACUGUGCUAGGUUGCAUUGUUUGAAUUUAGUUUUGGGGGGAAAGUGUAGAGGGAAAGGAGAGGACACCAUUUAGGCUCUGAUCAAUAUUGAAUAUUUAUAGGUAGGAGACUGGUUUGAGCUUUGUACUAUGCUUUCCAAUUUGGAGAUCACCUCUGCACAAAAUAGAACCAAACUUUAAACAAAGAACCCUUCAGAGAUGGCGUAGUUUCUACACUAAUUUUAAAAACAUAUGUAAGGGAGACACUUCCAUGUACCCAAUGAACCUGCUUCAUGGCUGUCACUUGUGUCUAUGUUCUAUUACGUUUCAGUAAAUGUGUAAUGGAAAAUGUACUUCCUCGAGCUUAAAUAUUUCCAUUGCUCAAAAGGAAUUUAAUUUGCUGCUCUUGCAUGGAAUAAAAAUGGCCAAAGUUGCAUUCUCAAUUUGGAUUGAUGGUUUUGCUUGUACCUUUUAUUUUGUACAUUGUAGUUUUGUGGAACAUAUAAAAGAAUUUCAUGCCAAAUAGGAGUAAAAUUAUGAGAAUUUCAAGUAACUUUGUUAAAAUCACAAGUAUUAUAAUACAGAUAUGUUUUUCUAUUGAUCACCAUCGUACAACUUAAAAAUGUUUAAAUUUAAAUAAAGAAAAAAUCUUUCCA